UUUUUUCCCCUCUCCCCUCUCCGUGUCUCCUCCUCCCCGGCUCCUCCUCCCCGAGCCGCUCUAUUGCCAGACCGCGGGGCUGAGCGGGACCCAGGAAUGGUGCGGGACAGCAGGGCAGGCACGCCGAACUGAGGAGGAGGGAAAACAAGGCCCCAGCAAGAAGGUUUUUUCGGGAGCAUCCCGCCCAUAUAGGGGCGCUAUGGAGAACGAGCAGAGCUCAGCGUCCUGUGGAGUGAGCAGUAUGGGUUCCGGUAACACCAACCCCAACCCCAACACCAGCACCAACACCAUCCCCAACCCCAACACCAGCACCAGCACCAGCACCAACACCAUCCCCAACCCCAACACCAGCACCAGCACCAGCAACGGCAGGCCCACCGUACCCCAGAUAUCUGUCUACAGCGGGAUCCCCGAUCGACAGACUGUACAGGUGAUCCAGCAGGCCCUGCACAGGCAGCCCAGCACGGCUGCGCAGUAUCUGCAGCAGAUGUACGCAGCGCAGCAGCAGCACCUCAUGCUGCAGACCGCAGCCCUGCAGCAGCAGCAGCUCAACAGCGCACAGCUACAGAGCCUGGCCGCCGUGCAGCAGGCCAGUCUCGCAGCGGGUCGGCAGAACUCCACCCAGAAUGGGACCUCAACCCAACAAACAGGAUCCACAACUCAAACCACCAUUAAUCUGGCCGCCUCUCCUGCGGCCGCUCAGCUAAUCAGUCGAGCUCAGAGCGUUAGCUCCGCCCCCGCAGGGAUUACCCAGCAGGCCGUGCUCCUGGGAAACGCCUCCAGCCCCACCCUCACCGCCAGUCAGGCGCAGAUGUACCUGCGCGCCCAGAUGCAGAGACGUGGCAGAGCAGCAGUUAAUGGAGAGGGAAUGCAGUGGACGGAGUAUUUAACGCUCAUCUUCACCCCGACCGCCACCGUCGCCACCGUCCAGCCUGAGGCCACAGCGCAGCCUGCUGGACAAGCCGCCACAGCGCAGGUUCAGAACCUGGCCCUCCGCAGCCAGCAGGGGGCGCCAGCGGUCUCUACCUCCCAGCCCCAGAUCCAGGGCCUGAGCCUCAAACAGACCCCUGCGGGCCCCCAGCUGUCCCUGUCCGGCCUGGCACCACCCCCACCCCCGGCCCAGCUCAAGACCCCCGGGCAGGGGCUGCAGGGCCCCGGGGCGGGGGGCAAAGGGCCGGGGAACGAGGCCCUCGCGGAGGGGGGCGUGAGGAAGGGGGAGGGCCCCACCGAGCUGGUGACCCGCGUGGUAAACGUGAGCCGGAACGUGACGUCCGUGACCAAUCACCACCUCAUUACUCCCGGAAUCCAGCCGCACCAGUUGCUGCAGCAGCACAAGCAGCAGCAGUUUGUGAUCCAGCCCCAGCGGGGUCCAACACCCCUGCUCCAGAACCAGAACCAGAACCAGGCCCAGCUACAGCUCCCGGCUCAGGCCCUGCCGAUCCAGCCUGGCCCCGCCUCCCAGUGCGCCGUCCCGGUUCUGCCCAAACUGCCUGUCCCAGCGCACCAGGCCACCAUCUUCCACUCCCAAGCCCCGCCCAAAUCCCAGCCCGUUCAGCUGACCGCAGUCAACCUGCAGAUCCAGCCUGCUCCGGCACCGGCACCGGCACGGCACCGACACUAA